AUGAUGGCAGUGGAGAACAAGACCCAGGCUUCAAAGGAGCAGCAGGAACCGAUUGUCCUCGAGAGUUUCCUGAAGUACGCCAAUGUGUUUUAUCUUUCAAUAGGAAUGCUGGCCUACGAUCAAAAGGACAAUGGCAAGAGGAGGAAGCUCCUGCUCCACUGGAUGUUUAUCGCCCAGAUAAUCAACCUGAACGCCGUGCUCUUGACGGAGCUAAUCUACGUAUUCCUGGCGAUCAGCAGGGGCAGCAACUUCCUGGAAGCCACCAUGAACCUUUCGUUUAUUGGAUUCGUGGUGGUUGGCGACCUCAAGAUCUGGCACAUCUGGCGGCAAAGGACGCAGCUCACCCAUGUAGUGCGCGAAUUGGAGACCCUGCACCCACAGACCGUCGAUCAGCAAAAGCCCUACGAUGUGGCAGUACACUUGGGCGGCUACAAACGCUACAGCGUCUUCUACUUUGGCAUGCAUCUGGUGCUGAUCUGGACAUACAACCUGUACUGGGCGGUCUACUACCUGGUCUGUGACUUCUGGCUGGAUCUGCGUCAGUUCAAGCGGAUGCUGCCCUACUACUGCUGGGUGCCCUGGGACUGGAGUACCGGUUCCAGCUACUAUUUCAUGUAUGUCUCACAGAACUUUGCCGGUCAGGCCUGCCUCUCGGGUCAGCUGGCAGCCGACUUGUUAAUGUGCGCCCUGGUCACCCUGCUGGUGAUGCACUUUACCCGCCUGGCCGGUCACAUCGAGAACUAUGUGGCGGGGCUGAGCACGCCCCAGCGGGAUCUGGAGUUCCUGCAAAAGGUGGUGGCCUACCACCAGCGACUGCUGCUGCUUUGUCAGGACAUCAAUGGGAUCUUUGGAGUGUCGCUGCUCUGUAACUUUGUGUCGUCAUCGUUUAUUAUAUGCUUUGUGGGCUUUCAAAUGACCAUUGGCGGCAAGAUCGACAACCUGGUGAUGCUCGUCCUCUUUAUCUUCUGCGCCAUGGUCCAGGUCUUCAUGAUUGCCAGCUAUGCCCAGCGUCUGCUUGAUGCGAGCGAGCACAUUGGCCAGGCUGUGUACAAUCACGAUUGGUUUCAUGCUGAUUUGCGCUACCGCAAAAUGCUUAUCCUUAUCGUCAAGAGGGCCCAGCGGCCCAGUCGCCUCAAGGCCACAAUUUUCCUAAGUGUGUCACUGGUCACCGUGUCGGAUCUCUUACAACUCUCGUACAAAUUCUUCGCACUCCUGCGCACCAUGUACGUGGAGUAG